CCCCUUUCCUUCCCCACACGGCAAGCUUUUAAAGGGAAGGCUCUCUUCAUUGAAUGACUGCCACAGUACAAUGCCGGGCUUCGGGCUGCUCCUCUUUUGGGGCUUCAGCGGCAUACACACAUGGGGGAUGACCACACUCCCCACACUGGGACAAACUCUUAGUGGUGUGAAUGAGUGUUAUGACACUACCACGUGUCCAGCUUAUGCCACCUGUACUGACACCACAGAGAGUUAUUACUGCACCUGCAAACAAGGCUUCCUUUCCAGCAAUGGACAGACAAACUUUCAGGGCCCAGGAGUGGAAUGUCAAGAUAUUAAUGAAUGUCUUCAAAGUGACUCACCUUGUGGUCCUAACUCAGUCUGCACCAACAUCCUGGGGAGAGCCAGGUGCAGCUGUGUCAGUGGCUUCUCUCCUCCCACUGGGAAGAGCUGGAUCCUGGGAAGUUCCAGUCAUUUUCUUUGCUCAGAUGUUGAUGAGUGUCUGACGAUUGGGAUUUGCCCUAAUUAUUCCAACUGUUCUAACUCUGUGGGAAGCUACAGCUGUACCUGCCAACCUGGCUUCAUCUGGGACGGCUCCAUUUGUGAAGACAAGGAUGAAUGUGCGGAUCACACCAUUUGCCCAGAGCACUCCACCUGUUACAACACUCUUGGAAGCUAUUAUUGUUUGUGUGACUCGGGACUUGAAUUUAGUGGCGGAGGACCAAUAUUCCAGGGCCUAGAAGCAUCCUGUACAGAUGUGGAUGAGUGCUCCAGGAACUCAACUCUGUGUGGUCCUACUUUCAUUUGCAUCAACACCCUGGGAUCCUACAGCUGCUCCUGCCCACCUGGCUUCUCUCUGUCAGUUUCCCAGGUCUCUGGCCUCCCAGCAGAUGGGAACUGUACAGAUGUUGAUGAGUGUAAUGACAUGUGCCCUUCCAACUCAUCUUGUACCAAUACUCUUGGGAGUUACUUCUGCACUUGUCACCCUGGCUUUGCAUCAAGCAACGGACAACUGAAUUUCUCUGACCCAGAAGUGGCAUGUGAAGAUGUUGAUGAAUGCGUCCAAGAUCCAUUACCAUGUGGACGGAAUUCUGUCUGCACCAAUGUUCCAGGAUCCUACAUCUGUGGCUGUCUUCCUGGCUUCCAACUGGACCCAGAAGGCUCCCAGACACAUGGGAACUUCAGCUGCAAAAGGAUUCCCUUUAAAUGUAAAGAAGACCUGAUACCCAACAAUGAGCAGAUACAGCAGUGCCAAUCAGGGCAAGCCAAGAAUCUUAACUACGCCUCCUUCUGCAAACUUGUGAAUGCCACCUUCAGCAUCCUGGAUGACACCUGUGAAAACAAAAGUGCCCCAGUGUCUCUACAGAGUGCAGCUUCCAGUGUCUCCCUUGUGCUGGAGCAAGCACCCGUAUGGGCUGAGCUCAGCAGGAAGGAGACAUCUGCCCUGGGUACCGUCUUGCUGGAGACUGUGGAAAGUGCCAUGUUAGCUGUCCUUCUGACACCCUCUGGGAAUGCCAGUCAGAUCAUUCAGACAGAGAACCUAGACAUUGUAAGCAAAGUAAUCACUGAAGAAUGCAACAAGGAGAAUGUGUCCUUAAACUUGAAAGCCAGAGGGGAUGAGAUGGAUGUUGACUGUUCCGUCAUUGAGGAAUCAGAAUCCACAGGGACCCCAGGAGUGGCUUUUGUGUCUUUUGCACACAUGGAAUCAGUUCUAGAUGAACGCUUCUUUGAAGGUGGCCAGGCUUUCUGGAAGCUGAAGAUGAAUUCCCGUGUUGUUGGCGGCACCGUGACCGGAGAGAGGAAGGAGGGCUUCUCCAAGCCUGUUGUCUACACCCUCCAGCACAUCCAGCCAAAGCAGAAGUCUGAGAGUCCCAUCUGUGUCUCCUGGAACACUGAUGUGGAGAAUGGGAGAUGGACAUCCUCAGGCUGCAAGAUCCUCAGUGCAUCUGAGACACACACAUCCUGCAGAUGUAACCGGAUGACAAACUUGGCCAUCAUCAUGGCUUCUGGGGAGCUCACAAUGGAAUUCUCCUUGUACAUCAUCAGUCUCGUGGGUACGGUCAUCUCCUUGGUAUGCCUCGCCUUGGCCAUGGCCACCUUCCUGCUGUGCCAUGCUGUUCAGAACCACAACACCUACAUGCACUUGCAUCUUUGUGUGUGUCUCUUCUUGGCCAAGAUUCUCUUCCUCACGGGUCUAGACAAGACUGACAACCAGAUGACCUGUGCUAUCAUUGCGGGAUUUCUACACUAUCUUUUCCUUGCCUGCUUCUUCUGGAUGCUGGUAGAGGCAGUGAUGCUCUUCCUGAUGGUGAGAAACCUGAAGGUUGUGAAUUAUUUCAGCUCACGCAACAUCAAGAUGCUGCACCUUUGUGCCUUUGGUUAUGGACUCCCAGUUUUGGUGGUUGUGAUCUCUGCCAGUGUACAGCCAUGGGGCUAUGGGAUGUAUAAUCGCUGCUGGCUGAACACAGAAACUGGGUUCAUCUGGAGUUUCCUGGGACCAGUCUGCACGAUCAUCACAAUAAACUCCAUCCUCCUUGCCUGGACACUGUGGGUGCUGAGGCAGAAUCUCUGCAGUGUGAGCUCAGAAGUCUCUAAGCUCAAGGACACCAGGUUACUGACGUUCAAGGCCAUUGCCCAGAUCUUCAUCUUGGGCUGCUCCUGGGUGCUGGGCAUUUUCCAGUUUGGCCCCAUGGCAAGGGUCAUGGCAUACCUGUUCACCAUCAUCAAUAGCCUGCAGGGGGCCUUCAUCUUCCUCAUUCACUGUCUGCUCAACCGCCAGGUUCGGGAUGAAUACAUGAAGCUCAUCACUAGGAAGACUGAGUUCAGCUCCUAUUCCCGGACUUCAGGGAUCUUACUGUCACCUAUGCCAUCUACUUCCAAAAUAGGUUAACAUCUUUUCUUGCUUUAAACUGUACUAUGGAACAACAUUUUGAGGAUUGUAAGUGCGUGCAGGAACCUACUUUUUAAUCACUCUCUGGUUAUGGAAAUUUAGGGCCUCAUGAGUUGGGGGGAGUUUCUUGUUAACACAAAGCAUGGAUAGAUGGAGCCUAAUUCCAAGGGUUCCAUGUACCAAGGAGAAAUACAAGUUACUUCCCCGCAGUGGUUUGAAUUCUGUACAUCACACCUCUGAAGCUCCACAAGUCUUAAGAAGAGCAUGUUCCUUUUUUUUUUUGUGGCACAAGUGGCUACCACGUUUCUGUCUCCUACAUCCUUUGCUGUGGGUCUCCAGGCAUUCUCAUCUAAUGCCUAUCAAGUGCUGGGCACAGAACAGCUCUCAAUAAAUGAUUUGUUGCCUGUC